GUUCUAAGGUCACUUUUGAGUUUGGUACAAAGGUUAUAAUUAUUGCUACUGCGCAUGUGCAAAUCCUUUCCAGCCACGAGGUCGAGAAAAUGACUAAGAAAAGACGAAAUGGUGGACGUUCUAAGAAGGGCCGUGGUCAUGUGCCCCAUGUGAGAUGUACUAACUGUGCCCGAUGUGUCCCUAAGGACAAGGCAAUCAAGAAGUUUGUCAUUCGUAACAUUGUGGAAGCUGCAGCUAUUAGGGAUCUCUCAGAGGCUUCUGUAUACGACAGUUACCCUCUUCCGAAGCUAUACGCCAAACUCUUGUACUGUGUUAGCUGUGCCAUCCACUCCAAAAUUGUUCGCAAUCGCUCUUCGGAACAGAGGAAGGACAGAACUCCACCCCCAAGAUUUAGGCCAAGGCAACAGACAGACGAUUCAGGUCCUCGCACUGGUGGUGGUGGUGGUGGUGGCGGCGGUGGUGGUGGUAACCAAGGGCAACGUGAAGGAGGGUGGGGUAAUGCCUCGAAGCCUGCCGCUACGACUACUACUACUACAACUACAGCCACGGCCACAGCAUGAACUAACACUGCUCUGGGUGUAUAAAUACCUCACUAUGUGGCUUUAUAAGGGAUAAUUUUGUGAAUUUAAUAUUAAAGUUA